AUGCAAAACGCGGCUACGAACCAUUCGUAUCAUCGUCGUCAUGAUGAUGAUGAAAAUUCUCGGCAAGAAGAAUCUUCUCCGACAAUUGCUGAAAACAUAUUCAACGAUGCUGAUGAUGAAAAUAUUCCCGUGAAUCCAAAGAUGGAAACAUUGGAAGAGGAAAAACAUCUCUCUAGCAAUGCAUCUGCUCUCAUCAAUAUCAUAAAGGCAAAUAUCGGAUCUGGUAUUUUGGGAAUGCCAUAUGCUUUUAAAUGCGCUGGAUAUUGGCUUGGUCUUUUUAGUAUUGUUAUUAUCAUGUUGAUUGUGGUGCAUUGUACAAUUUUGUUGGUCGAUAGUAAGAGGUAUCUCAACAACAUGCUGAAAAAGAAACGAAAGAAAAAGGAUGAAAUUGGCAUUGUCGUAGAGGAUGAAAUUUCAAUUUCACAAUCAUCACCAACUCCCUCGAUACCAUUGUCAACAAGCAAUACACCACCCACAGUAGAAGAGAAAGAAAUUAUUACAUUUAACGAUAUCGGGUAUGCAGCUUUUGGCCGAACUGCAACUGUGGUUAUUACCUUCUUUUUAUUUGUUACACAAUUGGGAUUUUGUUGUGCAUACCUAACCUUUAUUUCCUCCAAUUUAAUGAAUAUCUUUGGAACACCAACGACAUUGGGUUGGAAAGCGCUCUUCAUUUUCAUUACUGGAGUUGCCGUCUUCCCAUUCUGUUGCAUUCGUAAUUUGAAAUAUCUUUCUCCAGUCAGUAUCAUCUCUGAAAUUAUGAUUAUUCUAGGAGUGGGAAUUGUGUUGUAUUUUGCCUUUGACAAACUUGCUUCAGAGCCAUUUCCAGGACUGUAUCGAAAUUUGAGACCCUACAAUUUUGAACAAUUUGCCACCUUCUUUGGUAUUUGUUUAUUUGCAUUCGAGGGAGUUGGUCUAGUUCUUCCUAUUGAAAGCAACAUGAGAGACAAGAAAGCAUAUCCCAUGUUACUCUUUGUUGGAAUGAUCAUUAUUUGUGCCUCCAUGAUUUUAUUGGGAAUUGUUGGAUAUUUGGCAUAUGGUAUGGGUGUGAACAGCUUGAUAACGUUCAACCUGCCUGCAGAUGGAGCAUUGCCACUCAUCAUUAAGAUAUUCCUCAUUAUUGCACUCCUUUUCACAUACCCUAUUCAGCUGUUUCCAAUUUCUCAAAUGAUGGAUUCUGCAACAACAUCCAUUGCAACAUGGAUACGACACAAAAUUCACAAGAAAACAACAACAACAGAAUUAGAAGUGGCACAAGAACGACAAGAAGAACAACAUGUGCUACUGAGUCAACCCACAAAAUCUGGUCAUAAUUCAAUCAAUAAUUCAAAAAGUGAGAGCAGCAUCAGUGAUGAGAAGCAAUUGAACUCUCUGUUCGAUUCCACAACCACAUCUAAAGUCAAAGCUAACAAGUCAGCAUUUCACUUACUCACGAAAGCUUGUAUAUCUCCAACAUUCCAUCUAGAAAAUUUUAUACGAUUCAUGAUGAUUAUGGCCACAGUGUUUUUCUCUGCGUUCAUUCCUUCUUUUGGAGACUUUUUAGGAUUAAUUGGUGGAUUUGGAGGUACCACAUUAGCUUUGGUCAUGCCUUGCGCUAUUCACUUGAAGGUCAUGUGGAAACAUAUUGAUUGGAGCAUUAAGGCAAAAGAUAUUGUAUUGAUUGUUUUUGGUGUGUUUGCAACCAUUUUCUCUACGUAUAUUUCAUUCCGAGAUUUGGUCACACAUUUGGAAGAAGGUCAAUAA